AUGGAAGCGGCAACUGUCACCCUCACUGUGCACUAUCUUUCAGCAUUGUCGUCGACAGCAGACCUCGAUGACGAGUUGCCGAGGUUUCGAUUUGGCCAUGAAGAUUCUUCCUCCACAGAAGACCUCGAACGGCCAGCUCCAGUUCGAAAAAAAGCCAUCAGAAAUAGGCGGAGCAGUAUACCUGAUGCGUUUUCUUUCCAGACGCCAGCAAUUCUCCAUGAAGCGGCGAAGAAGUUUAUGCAGAGUAACAGCGAAAAAAAAUUAGCUCAGUCUCGUUCACCUCGACAACCGGAAGUAGCGCAGUUACUUCCGAAGAGAGCUGAAGCUAAGAAAUCAGGAGUGGGAAAGACUUUGCAUUUGAACGUUUACGACUUGCCGGACCUCGAGGAGAAAGGCGAAGAUGGGGCGUUUUCUCCACCAAAACUCAAGGAUGAAAACGACGAGAACUUUGCACCACAAUUCCUCACACAGCAGUCAACCAUUUCUUCUACGGUUUCGUGUGUGAAUCCUAACAACGUACGUGUCCCAAGUAUCGAAUCGACGCAGGAUAUUGCACUUUGGUGGGAGUUGGUGAAUCAAUGA